AUGGAAGAGAGUUGGUGUGCGGCUUAUUGGGAAGAGAAACANACUUCUGAUUGGCUUUCUGGAAGGCAACNAUAUAUUGUGCAUCCUACUGUUGAAUCUGAAUCCACUGCUGAAUACUUUGUGCAUACUGCAUCUACGACAUCUGCACCUGAUUCUGAUUCUGAUUAUGUUGUUUUUCGCACUGAGAACACUAUGGCACAACCUCCACCUCACGAGAGGACUUUUUGGGAGAUGGCUGCACCUGAUUUCAGUUAUGAAAGCUUGUGUGAGUGUCCGCAUAAGCAUCUGAAAUAUUUCCACUAUGUGUGUUCAUCCAUGAGGCCUCAAGAUGUUCUUGAGGAUCAAGUCUUCUUAAGGACAUUUCCUUAUUCACUAGAGGAUGCAGCAAGGGAGUGGAUGUACUGCUUAGUGCCUAGAGUCAUCACCAGUUGGGACGAUAUGAUGAGGUUGUUCUUAGCAAAGUUUUUCCCAGCGUCCCGAACUACAGCUAUCAGAAAAAACAUCACUGGGAUUAGGCAGCUUGGUCUCAAUAGCUUGGAUAGGAGUAUGAUUAAUGGCGCCAAUGGUGGAGCACUUGGAGCUACGACUCCUACUGAAGCCAGGGAAUUAAUUGAGAAGAUGGCUUCCAACUCACAGAAAUUGGAAGGCAAGACUGACUGCCUUGUGAGUUUAGUGUCACAGCUGGCUACGAAUCAGAGACCAACAUCUCCAUCUACAUCUGUUGCACGACAUUAUGGUAUAUGUCUCUCCAGUGAGCACUAUAUAGAUGAUUACCCCACUUUGCAGCAACCUACUGGCCAUGAUGCAUCUCCAGCCUUUGCUGCGAACAUACAAACCAACAGGCAGCCACAACAACCAAGUUAUGACUUGUCCAACAAUAGGUAUAACCUAGGGUUGAGGAAUCACCCAAAUUUUAGAUGGAACAAUAAUGGACAACAACAACAACCACAACAGCAACCACCAUUUUUCCAGCAUGCUGCAGGUCCUAACAAACAAUAUGUGCCUCCACAUGUCCAGAGAUAUCAAAGGCAACAGCAGCAAGAGAUUCCAACCCAGCCAGCUCCUCAACCUUCUUCUGAGCUUACAUUGGAGGACUUAUCUGGGAAGCAAAUUGUUGUGCCCACAGAGCCAACUCGCACUUCUACACCCACACCUGCUACUUGUCACAGAAAAGAGGACCAGACUGGUCAGAGCAGGACAUUUGAGGUGGGUGGACCUUCUUCCUCUCCCAAUGGUUCUUCUUCUCCAGGUGGACCUUCUUCUUCUUCCACCACCACCACCAGUGUGCCUCCUCCGUUGCCUGAGCGACCUAUACCUCUUCCCUUCCCUCCAAGGGCAGUUCGUAGCAAAAAGAUGGAAGAGGUGGACAAGGAGAUAUUGGAGACCUUCAGGAAGGUAGAGGUGAACAUACCUCUACUUGAUGCAAUCAAACAGAUUCCUAGGAUGCAAAAUUCUUGA